CUUUUCUUUAUAUAAAUUUCAGUUUCUCACUUGGAGCUGGAGUCUCUUACCACGCUUGUUUGGCACGUUAAAACAAAGCAAUUGAAUUUCACCUCUUUCGACAUUUUCCGAGUUGACUCAGAUCCUAAGAUAAAGGGAGCAAUUUGUUUCCAUUUCCCAGUCAAUCCUAUACUCCUUAGGCUGCAGUAAGCUUCUGCUAAUAAGGAGGAGUUAUUAUUGGGUUUUGAGAAACAUGUUGAAACAAGCAAUUAGCAGAAUUUGCAGAACCAGUUUUUAUGCUUGGGAAGGAAACACAGUUUUGCCAUGCAUUUAUGUGCCUUCAUGUUUUUUACACAAUGGACAAGCGCAUAUGGCACCUAGAAGCUUUUUUGGGGUAGAGGAUUUCCUUGAUGAUGACAAUAGCCGACCUUACACAUAUCAAAAAGGGAAGAAGUCAAAGAAUCCAAAUAAGCAUGUAUCAUUCAAACAAAGAACAAUUGCUUACAUGGAGCCUUUUACACUUGAUGUUUUUAUCUCAAAACGUUUUGUAUCAGCUUCACUCACUCAUAGGGUGACAAGCAAACAGGUUGCAGUUGCUGGAACCAACUCAAAGGACAUAAAAGCUGUUCUUAGGUCUCGUUCAGACAUACCAGCAUGCAUAGCCAUUGGUAGGAUUUUAUCUGAAAGAGCAAGAGAAGCUGAUGUUUACACUGCUUCUUAUACUCCAAGGGAUAGGGACAAGUUUGAAGGGAAAAUCAGAGCUGUUGUUCAAUCACUUAUUGAUAAUGGGAUUGAUGUCAAGGUUUAUCUUGAUUGAUCAUGUUUAUUUAGCUUUGGUUGAUAAUUGAAACAUCGUUAUUUGAAUUACAUAUUUGGUAAUUGAAUUAGAUGAAUCUGUGUUAUAUUGUGGUAAUUGUAGUUAACUAGUUUCUCACCCCGUGCACUCUACGGAUCACUAACAUUGGGAAUAAAUUUGUUGUUUAACUUUUA